UUCUCCAUUGCUCCCAUCACUUUGGUCACCCCUUCCAACAUCCAGCUUCCCGGAUGACGAAUGACGUCAACGAGCCAUCUUUGUUCCUCUAAUCCAAGCGUCUAUUUUUCAUGUGUAGGCUACAUAGUGACACCGACGAGACGCGCGCUAGCUCACUAUAAUAAAGAGACAUUUGCGAGGCGCGGCACAGAAAACGCGUCAAAACAAGGGAAAAAAGAAAGCCAAAUAAAUAUAAUCCUUACCGGUGGAUAACUCGGACGCUUUUGAAAUAACAAGGGAAGAAAUUGGUUGAGAAGAGAGAAAACGCCUAAGGCUGUCCAUCCAACCAUUGAAACAUACAUUCCUGUUGGACUUCCAUACACACAUAAACUACACUAAAAAUGUCUGCUCCAGCCCCAGCCGCAGAUGGGAGUCAGGUCCCUCCUAACACCACCAGCAACCGCCGUCUGCAGCAGACACAGGCUCAGGUCGAUGAGGUGGUGGACAUUAUGCGCGUGAACGUCGAUAAGGUCCUGGAGAGGGACCAGAAGCUCUCAGAGCUGGACGACCGUGCUGAUGCUCUUCAGGCUGGGGCUUCACAGUUUGAGACCAGUGCUGCCAAGCUCAAGAAUAAGUACUGGUGGAAGAAUGCCAAGAUGAUGAUCAUUCUGGGGGUGAUAGGUGUCAUUGUCCUCAUCGUUAUCAUUGUGUACUUCAGCUCCUAAGAAGGCUCCUACCCCAGCCUGCACUCCAGACCUCCCACUUUCCAGAAGAUUCUAUGUGAAAAAAAGAGACGAGAGAUGAGGAUAAAAUGACUACUACUACCACCACCACCUCUACUACUACCACUACUACUACAACUACUACUAACAACGAAUCCUCCUGACGAAUCUGAAAAUUGCCCCACCUACCUGGCCCCCCGACCCCCACGCCUCCACUGCCUCACAUUCGGACCUUCGUCAAUCUUCGUCCUGUGAGCGUGUGGCCAUGUAUCCUCUGUAAAUAUAACUUGCUUUUCUUAACAAUCGUUCAUACUCCAACUCCAUUAGCUCUGGUUGUUAUGCCAACGGCGACAAUGGGGAGAAAAAAAAGAGAAAAAGACCCUGGCGAUUAUUGUUGUACACCAGAUACAAUUCAUAUAUAUAUAGAUAUAUAUUGUUCUUUGUAGAGUUUUAUUCUGAUAUAAUGUUUUUUGUAGGUUGUGUGUGUGUGGGUGUGCAUUUGUAUUUUUUUUAUUUUUGUAUUCAUUUACUUAAUGCUUCUAAGUGGAACUACUGCCUAUUAUUCUAAGUGUGUAUAACUUGCACGUUCUCUCUUUUUCUGUCUUUCUCUGUAACUUGCAGAGUAUAAGUGUAUCAUCGCACAUGGGGAGUAGCCUCCUCAUGCUAGAGGAAUUUGAGCAUUCAGCUUUAACAUCUCUUUUGCUACUCUCUCUUUCUCUUACCAUGCCGGUUAGCACACAUUUCUUUCUUCCCUUCCUUCUAUUUUUUCUCUGGCUUUAUUUCUUUCUUUCUUCCUGCCAUGCUCUUAAUCUACUCUUUUUGUGAACUGCCACAGUAGAGCUGGACCAAUGUCUGUAGACUUGAUUUGUUUUUUUAAAGUCUUUAGUGUCUUAUCUCUUUAACAUUCCUUCAUAGCAGUGUAGUGAUAUGCUGUCUAUAUUGCAUAUACAAGCACACAGUAUGUGUGUGUAUAUUUUUAAAUGAAUAGGCUUACUGAACUAAACUUAAAUACUAUCGCCAAAUUGAAAAGUAGGGAAAGCCAGGAGCAGGGAUGAUUAAGGCAAAAAUAUAAACCAAUACAAUUGGUUAAUAUCUUUGUAUUAUUUGUAGACUUGUAUCUGCUCUCUCAUGAUGUAGCACAAAUAUGUACUACAUGUACAUCGUUGCAUCAUAACCAAUGCUCUAAUGCCCUGUAGAGAUUUAAGAUUAAAUAAGAUAAAAAAAUAAUAAUUAUGCUGUUAAUGUGAGGUAAAGAAUUGAGUUGCAGUGUUUAUCUCACAGCUGGGCUAACUCUAGAUAACACUAAAAACUUUGCUAAACGCCAGCAAAUUUCCAUUUUCUACAUUUUUUAUGUUGGUGGGGUUGUGGUUAGCCUAAAAGGGGAAAAUAUCAUGCACAAGAACCUUGUUUUUGACAGCACUUUCUGACUGGUUUGAUUCAGUGACUGUCGUCAGACUGAGAAAGAACCUUGUGCGCCUCACAUCUAGCCUAUGCAGGCCUCUAGGAACUCUAUUUAUACAGUAAGGCAACCAGGUAACAGAACCAGGAUGACCAAACAAAUAAACCUGGUAUGCUAUAGGUAGGGACAACCCCUGUAUGGCUUACAAUCGUCCAUAUGAUGUCUAUUCCCCUAUUGGUGUCUAGCAAGGGUAACAUAAACAGCGACUACAAAGCACACUUAUCACUGGGUCCUUAUGCUACUGCCGUAUGCUGGUACAAGCCUGUUGCUUCUGCCAUGGUUCUCUCUCUGUUUCUCAUUUUUAUUAUUCUCUCUAGAUACUGCCUUUUUCUUUUUUACUUAGAGACAGAUUAUAUUUGUAUAUUAAAUAUAUUUUUGUGUGUAAGCAGCAGACAGGGCGGGGGACAGCUUCAUUCAGGACUCAACGCUGCCUGCAGCGACCACUGUGCCCCUGUCCUGUCUGUCCUUGUGUCUUUCAGUCAGUUAAAGCGCUGUAGAUUCUUCACUGCCAAGUAACUAGGGAGAUUUGAUCUUCUGUUCUGUAUCUGUCUUACUUUCUUUUUUCAUUUGGUGCCGUUACCGGUUUGCUCUUAGUGGUUUGCUCUUGCGCGCGCUCCAACCCCUUCCAUUAAGAUCCAUUUCCAUUCCUAAUGGCUUAAUCUGUCUGCCUUGAGUGAGCCAGUGAAUAGGUGUGAAGCUCCACCUGAUCUGAAUUAAGACUCAGGCGCCUUUCUCACCCACGAGAAGACUUCGAUUCUUAGAGAAGAUGGGGAAGCCGAAUUGUAAUUUUUGUCUUGCAUAGCAUGGCCAGUUUCUUCGGUGUGUCCUUGUAUUUUGAGUGUGUCUGUUGAUGUAAGUUUGUGUGUGUGUGUGUGUGUGUGUAUAUAUGUGUGUUGUUGGUGAACCUCUGGCCCUUGCAGAAUAUCCCUGGCUUAUCCCCACAGAUUAGGCUGCUUAGAAUUGAGGUGAGGGCAAGCAGUUCCAUCAUUCAAGGACUGAGAGGGAGAACUGGCAGUUGGACGUGACGGAGGAAAAAGUGAGAGGCUAUAGUCAUUCCUCAGGUGUGUGUGCCUCUGUCACGUCACAGAAAGGCCUUGUGUGAUCCCUUAAAAGCUCUUAUUGGCUCAUGCCAGGCAGACAGAAGAGCCGUUAGGUCUAAGAGAAUAUGUUGUAAUAACUCAGUCAAUUCAACAUGUUUCUCUGAGAUACUCACCCUUUAACUCAUCACUUCAAACUUGACUCUCUCUUUGAUUCAAAAAGAGAUAGCCUUAGAACAUUUAUUUUCUCAUCAAACUACCCUUUAUCAUACCCAAUCCCACCCUGAAAACAGAGCAAAACUAAUUCUCAAGUAAAUAACCAAAGACCGUAUUGUCUUGCUUAUGCUGCCAACUGCCAACAAAGACGAAUUGAGAGACAAUUCACACAUUUGCGAGAUAGCAGAUAUGUACCUGAUGUUACAAAGAGCUCACCCUUACCGUCCAACACCUGUAAAUUGUGGUAUUUAAACCCUUUCUGUGACUUAAGGUACAUGGUAGGCAGUAGGAGAACAGGGAGGUGUGUGAUUUUAUCCUAAAAAAAAAAACUAAAACUAAAAUGUGCUUCAGAGCCCCUUCAGUCUCCACUCCCCCACUGGUUGUGGUGUAUCCCCCUGGCCUGAUGCGCUCAACAACCAAUUAUAGCACAACUGUUCCUUUUUGUCUGUCUCUGUAAUGCUGACAAGAAAACAAAAUAUGGACAAAAAGCUUCUGAAGUAUAGCUGUUAGAAAAUACUGUUUAAAAAAUAACAAAAAAAUCUACCGUAUAUUGUGUGGUGUUGUAGUGUGGGGGUGUAUCUUGGGGAAGGGGGGUCCUCUUUUAUCUGGUAGGAAAUUUUAAUAAAAAGUAAAUAUAUUUAAAAUGUAAUUGGAGAUUUAACACCACUGAUUAAUGAGAUAAGCCAAAUUAAGACAAAACUCUACAACCGGACUGGCAAAAAUCAGGCCAUUUACACCCAUAGUCCAGGUCCAGGUCAUGUGUGUGUGGGUAGGCAGGUGAAAUUUAAGACCAUUUUAUUGGGGUAGGACUCAAACAUAAUGGACAAAUCAUUUGAGGCAAAUUUAUAGAGUGCUCAAGAAAUGUAAAGGUCAUAAAAAAAGACUAAUAAAACUUGAUGUAUGUGUAUUUUUAUUUAUUUAUUUAUUCUUCUGUUGUGGGAAUGGGUGGUUGCGUCUUUUGAUGUAUUGUCUUCUUUUCCUUUACUGAAAGUUUUAAAUGGGUGGAGGGGAACAGUUGAUGAGGAUCACUGUCAUAUGCCAACUUGUAAGACCUGCUCUAUGUUUCUUAAAUUAGGAGGGAACCUACGAAGACUUAGAGCUGUCAAAGGUUGGCUGUACAUUCACUAUGAUCCUCUUGUCAAGGACUUAACUUUUUGAUUAAACCAUUGUGUACUUUAUUUCAAGCAGAAAUUACUAUGGUCACAAAGUGGCACAAGCUAGUUUGGGUUGGGUUGGGGGAGGGAGAUAGCUGUUUUUUUUUUUAAAUGAUAACUUUCCUUCAGUUGGAGUUCCUGAAAUAAGACAAUGUAAUAAACUAAAAAGCAAAACCCAUCUACUCAAAGGUUGGUGUGUCUUAACAUUUUGGAGUGUUGUCACCUGCCCUAUCACAUUGUUACUGUCAUUUUUAAGUAAGGGGGUUUGAACAGGUAAAAACAAGAGAGUAAUGAUGUCAGGGUAGUGGAGGGAAGCGGGUAAUUGAUGAUUGAACCCUGGGAAAGAGGCAGGCAGGCGGGCGUACAUCCUGGGUAUCUAUCAUGCUGAGUAAUGUUCAGAAUGUCAAGGAAAGCAUUGAACUGAGAGCCAUAUUUGCUGUAUUGAUGUAACAAUGUUUAGAUUUGUUUUUGUUUUAUUAUUUCAGUUAGGGGUGUAUACACAGGCAAAGGAUUUUAAGGCCAACAUUACGCUUGAUCAUCUUGCCUCACAGGAGGGACAGGGUGGGAUGACCACUUGUAAUGUUAUCCACUAUUAUAUUCAUUUGUUUAUUUAUAUAAUUAUUGUGUCUUCAUUUCCAAUGGAAUGACAGAUCGGAUUACAAUGAGACAGAUGACCAUUUGAGAACCAGACGUACAUAAACCAGUUGUAGAGUAAACCUGUCAAUGUCUUAUUAUAUUGAUGAACAUCAUGGGAAAUAUAUAUAAAUAUAUAUAUAUUGGAAAAAUGAAUAAUUAUAAUGACCUGUGUUUAUUGUUCGGAGUUAGAAAAUCAAAAUGUGUGUGUGUUUGAAAACAAUGACAUUAAAAGAAAUAAAAUAUAUGAUAAAA